GCACAAAUUAAACAAAGUUUUUAACGCUUUUAGGCUAUAGGCUUUUAACGCCAUUAAAAAAUAAAUAAAUAAAACACAUUCCGGAAAAAUUUCAUAAACUGAAAAUUCAGUAAAAGUGGUCGCAUUAGUUGUAUCUUUCAGUUUAACGUGUGUGUGAAAGGGAAAGAAAAAAAAAUGACGUGUAAAAUUAUUUUUGCGAACAUUGAGUUGUUGAUUUUUUUUGCGUAGUGUGGUGAAACGCAAAAAUGUAAUGGAUUCUGUGGUUUUUUUUUGGAAUAGUGCUGUAAAAUGGUUAAAUAUAUAAUCUUGACAACACUCUGCAUUACGGUGGUCGCACGACAGCCUACCAACCACAACAUCAUACGCCAUGAUCGCAGUUGCCUUACCGGAUACAUGACUGAUGUCCAGUCAUGGGUGGACGAGAAUGGGGAAAUUACUGAUAAAAUUGAUUUUAACUACAUAUUGGAUUUGUCAUGGAAUCCAAAUCCAACAGAAAUACUGACCCAAAAUGUGGAUAGGAUUUUGCAGCCAAUCAAUGUGAAAUAUUUAAGCAUGGCAAAGAGUAAUCUACUCAGAGUUCCCGCGAUAUUCCACUUUCAAGGCCGUUCAGGGCAGCCCAUAUCUUCAACAGUAGAAUACCUGACCCUAUAUGGCAAUAAUUUCUUGAACUUCAACGCACCUGGUGCACAUUACGGUGUUCGAAUGAACGCUACGGACGCUAAGGAGGCCGACUUUAAUUUAUCUUUUCGGUUGUCAGCUAGAUCAGCCUGGGCCGCUGGUUUUCAAAGCAGAACUUUUUCUAAACUCAAAGAACUGGAUCUUCGACGGUGUUCUAUUGAAGUUAUCAACGAUAACACAUUUGAAGGCAUGCCUGAAUUACAAGCUUUGUAUUUGGGAGAAAAUAAUAUUAACAUCAUCAGUGCCAAUGCUUUUAACGGAUUGAGAAGCCUUUUACAUCUAGAUGUAAGCCAUAACCAUGUUGGUUUUGAUAAUGAAAAGUUGCUUCUAGAAGGACAGGUUUUCAAACCAGUUGCAAAGCUUACAUCGCUGGAUCUGUCGUAUACAAAAAUUAACAACGGUGAUUUAAAUUUUAUGAAUUAUUUUCGAAAAAGCUUGGAAAGACUAUCUUUAUGCUUUACUCAAAUUCCUAGACUCAAACCUUUUAGUUUAAAUGGGACUAGUUUGCGGUUGUUAGACCUGAGUGGAAAUCCUGGGAUUUUACAAGGAAAAAAUCUACUAAAAGGCCUGGAAGGUUAUCUGGAGGUGUUGUAUGCUGAUGAUAUUGGUUUGAAAUCUGCAGAAGACUUUUAUACAUUUGAUCAAUUAGAAAUAUUGAGACUACGUAAUAAUGAACUGACAGCUAUUACAGGAAAUGUAGUUUCAAGUUUGAAGAAUUUACAAGUUUUGGAUUUGUCGAAUAAUCGCCUCUCGAGUUGGUUUUGGCCGGUGUUCAGUUUAAUACCGCAACUUAAUUUUUUAUCGCUACAAAAUAAUAAUUUCAAUAUUAUUACUCCUGAAAUGUUAAAAGAUAUUGGAAGCAUAACUUAUGUUGGCUUUGCUGGAAACUUCGUGGUUUGCAAUUGUAACGCAAGGGAACUUUUCGAACUUGCGUACCAGAAUGAGAAUGUAACUUCUGAAAAACUUCUAAAGUCCUUAAGAUAUCCUGGAUCAGCUAGUAGAAUUGACCUUAUGUAUCACAGAGGGUUUGAUGAUUACAAUGAAAUGAUAUUGUCCAGAAGCAAAGUUACAAAACCCUGCUAUAACACUGAAUGCAAAGAUGUUGAAGACUUAGAAACUGAGGGAAAAUUCCUUCUCGUAGAUUUUCAACCGUCAGAAUACCAAUGUUUUUUCGUAGCCGAGGGUAAACCUGUGCCAUUCUCUUCCGUAGCAACUUGUAGAUUGACACAAAUAAACGACGACAUUGAUGAAAUAAUUAACAAAGGAUGGAAUAAACUUUUAUUACUGUUAAUAAUACCGACAGUAAUGCUCCCUUUGUUUAUUUUGGGAUACGUUUUCAGGAAGAAUUUUAUAUAUUUUUGUAUAACAAUGAGAAAUUCUGCAACCUUGAGUUUGAUCAAUAAUGAUGCUGUACCCGAGGACGGUACGUUCUUCAAUUACGACGUAUUUGUGUCAUACUGCAACGACGAUCGCGAUUGGGUGUUGGAUUAUCUUCUUCCACACGUUGAGAAGGACUGUAAUGUCUGUGUUUGUUUGCACGAGAGAGAUUUUCAGGUGGGACUGUCAAUUUUAGAGAACAUAGUGUCAUGCAUGGACCGGAGCAGGUCCAUAAUGCUGAUCAUCUCCCAGCAGUUUUUGGCUAGUCAAUGGUGCCAGUUUGAGAUGCAUUUGGCACAACACAGGCUGCUAGAAACACGUCGCGAAGACCUGAUCCUAGUUCUUUUGGAAGAGAUACCGAGACCACUUAGGCCAACAACUCUUCACUACCUGAUGUUGACAAAGACCUACAUAGUCUGGCCAAAGAACGCAUCUGAACAAGCGGUAUUUUGGAGAAGAUUGAAAAAGAGCCUCGUGAUGCACAAAAUCAUGACUACUCAGAAUAUUUCUUGAGCUUGAUGGACAAACUAUAGUACUUAGUCGCGUUGGGAGUGCACUUGGAAAUCCAAACGUUAUCGUAUUAGGAGAAUCAAACUUUCCUUAUACCGCCGCCCUACCUAUAGCAAAGAACAAUAAGACAAAUCGAGCCCUCCUACGUAAAGUAUUGUAUGUCGAAAUUGCCAAGUUUACAGGGCAAGGUUUUAAAGUUUUGAAUUCACUG